AUGUGCCUGCACAGAUCACUGCAUACUAUUGCCAAGGCUGACAACAUCAGCACUGUGCUGAGACUUCCAUCCAUGGCCACCAGUAUACCGCGUCACCACAGGGAGGCCCCUAUCUGGGAGCCUCAGCAGGGCCUAGAAAUCCAAAGAGACUUGGUCCCUGUGAUAAUAAACCAGGUGAAGGACCUUAAGGCUCUGUGGAUGCUCUCAGACACGGCCCUCAGUCUGAGAGCAGACCCCCUGAGCACCACUUCUCAUAUUGACGAUCACUUUGGAGACCUCAGGACAUGGUUUUGUCCUGGUUUUGAGGACAAGCAGAAAUCUUUACCUCUAUUUUGCAACGUGGACGUGGACAUUUCUCCCUGCCCUCUAUUCCUGAAGCCUAGUGUUUACAGGGACGGGGACCUGCUGCUGGAUGGCUUCUUCCCCCUCUACUCUUGGAAAUCACAACUAGACCUACAACAACUCUAUUGGCUGUCCAAGCCAAUCCAAACUUCACCUGAAUGUUUUCAAAAUGUCUUAUUGGAGAAGUUAGUGGUUUACACUACAGUUGUCACGCUUCCAAAACUGAGCAACUCCAUGCAGCAUGAUGGUGAACAUUGGCAUUGUUCGUCACCUUCAGAUAAGUGGUCAGAUAAUUGGGUCUGUGAAAAUACUUCUGAAGCAGACAUCUUAGAGAGUUCAACUACUGUUUUCUGCUAUAUUCAUGAAUCCUCUCUGGCUGUUGGUGGUGUUGUGUAUUGCACUGAGGAAUACAUAGCCUGCGGCAAGGUCGUUUUUAACAUAACCUUUGUGAUACCCACCCUGGCAUACAUCCAGGACAUUGUUGGCUUCAUCUUUAGUUUUCUUCAUGGCUCAAAUGUUGUGUGGGAGUUGCACAAUUAUCAUUACAUUCUGGCCUUUCUCUUUGCCAUUGAAGAGAUCAACAAGGACCCCCGUCUGCUGCCUAAUUUCACACUCGGUUUCAAUCUCUACAACGCCUUUAAUAAAAAUGACAAGCCUUUGGAGAACAUCUUCUUUUGGUUCUCAGGAGGGAAUCAGACUGUCCCUAAUUAUAGCUGUCAGAAACAAAGCAAAUCUGCCGCCAUUAUUGCAGGAACCACACCAGAAUUCUCAUCAAAUAUUUCACCGCUUUUGGAACUCUACAAAAUUCCACAGGUCACUUAUGGACCAUAUGAUUCUUUACUGAGUGACAAAGAUCAGUUCCCAUCACUCUAUCAAAUGGCUGCUAAAGACAACUUCCUGACACAUGGACUGGUUUUGCUAUUCUUGCAUUUUGACUGGACUUGGGUGGGAAUAAUUGUUUCUGAUGAUGUAAAAAGUUAUAAAUUUGCCUCAAUGUUGGAGGCAGAGAUGUUGAAAAAAUAUAUCUGUACAGUCUUUAUGCUGACAUUACCUAUCUCAUGGAUAUGGAAUGACAAUUUAGAUGUUGAAAAUAUACCUCGCCUAGCUGAUCAUGAAAAAGUAAAUGUCUCUGUAUUGCAUGGUGAUUCUCAAAUUAUUAUGGGUGUAUACUUCUAUGGAAGAACCUUUGAACUUGUAGAGUUUAUACCAGGAAAUACAAUCAUGUCUGAAUCCACCUAUAUUGUCUACAAUGCUGUGCAUAUAGUAACCAGAGCACUCCACGAGAUGUUUCAGGAGGAAACAGAAACAGGAUUGAAAAGAGAUGCAAACAUCCCAAUGCUUCUCUCUUGGCAGCUUCACUUACUUCUCAGAAACAUCCACUUUACUAACAGCAUUGGGGAACACAUAUCCUUGGAAGACCAAAGAAAGUUAGUAAAACGAUACGAUAUCCUGAACACUGUGUCAUUUCCUGCAGCUCAUGACUUCCUAGUUAAGGUGGGAGAGUUUGUCAUCAAUGGUCAAAAUAACCAAACCUUGGUCCUCAAUAAAGAGGCCAUAGAAUGGCCUAUUGAACUGGAAAAGGCUCCCAUAUCUGUGUGCACACAGAAGUGUGGUCCAGGAUUCAAGAAAGUUAUACAGGCUAAGGCAAUCUGCUGCUUUGAAUGUGUCUUUUGUCUGACAGGGGAGAUUUCAAAUACACAAGAUGCACAAGACUGUAUCCAGUGCUCAGACCAAGAAUAUUCAAACCAAGAGAGAACACACUGUCUCCCCAAGUUGGUGACCUACUUGUCCAUUGAAGAUUCCUUGGGGAUGGCUCUGGCCUGCACAGCUUUGUGCGUCUCUGUCAUCACAGUGGUGGUUUUGUGGAUCUUUGUGAAGCACCAAGACACCCCCAUAGUCAAGGCCAAUAACAGGACUCUUAGCUACAUUCUACUCAUCUCCCUCCUCCUCUGCUUCCUCUGCUCCUUUCUCUUCAUUGGUCGGCCACACCCUGUCACCUGCGUCCUCCAGCAAAUCACAUUUGGACUUGUGUUCACUGUGGCUCUUUCCACUGUGUUGGCAAAAACCAUUAUUGUCCUGUUGGCAUUCAAAUCCAUGAAGCUGGGAAGAACCAUGAGGUGGCUGUUGGCAUCAGGGGCUUCUAACUAUGUCAUUCCCAUCUGCACUCUUGUCCAAGUGGUUAUCUGUGGCAUCUGGCUGGGAUUGUCUCCCCCCUUCAUUGAUGUAGACACACACUCUGAGCCCAGGCACCUGCUCCUCAUGUGUGACAAGGGCUCAGUCGCUGCCUUCUACUGUGUGCUGGGCUACCUGGGCUCCUUGGCCCUGGUCAGCUUCUCCUUGUCCUACCUUGUCCGCAACCUGCCUGACGCCUUCAAUGAAGCCAAGUUCUUGACCUUCAGCAUGCUGGCGUUCUGCAGCAUCUGGGUGACCUUUCUGCCUGUCUACCACGGUUCCCAGGGCAAGCGCAUGGUGGCCUUGGAGAUCUUCUCCAUCUUGGCCUCCAGUGCUGGUCUCCUCGUAUGCAUCUUUGCUCCCAAGUGUUACAUUAUUCUGAUUAGACCUGACAAGAACUCUUUGAAAUACUUAAAGAUGAGAUCAUCCCAUAUUCAU